CUGACCGAACCAAGCUCUUCAACACCUCAACGCCUUGCCCACUACGCCUCUAUCCUCUUCUAAGUAGCUGAUAGAUAAUUCCGAUCUUGAUACUGUUUGUAAGAUAGCUUCGAAGCAGGCGGAAAGAUGUCCUUCGGCGGCCAAACCCCCACGAUCAUUGUGCUGAAGGAAGGCACGGACUCGUCGCAAGGCAAGGGACAGAUUAUAUCGAACAUCAACGCUUGUUUAGCUGUUCAAGCUACGAUACGAAGUACGCUUGGUCCUUAUGGAGGAGAUUUGUUGUUGGUAGAUGCAAAUGGCAAGCAAACGAUUACGAACGAUGGCGCAACCGUUAUGAAGCUCCUCGACAUCGUCCACCCCGCCGCACGAAUCCUGACCGACAUUGCGAGAUCACAAGACGCUGAAGUUGGAGACGGUACCACAUCUGUUGUUGUGCUUGCGGGCGAGAUUUUGAAAGAGAUUAAGGAUCAUGUGGAGCAAGGUGUUAGCUCGCAGACUAUUAUCAAGGGUCUGCGGAGAGCGAGCACCAUGGCCGUCAAUAAGGUAAAGGAGAUUGCUGUUAAUACGAGUGAGGGUAACAAGAGGGAGACAUUGAGCAAGUUAGCGGGCACGGCUAUGAGCUCAAAGCUGAUUAAGAGGAAUACCGGGUUCUUUACGAAGAUGGUUGUUGAUGCGGUUCUAUCCCUCGACCAAGACGACUUGAACGAAAAACUCAUCGGCAUCAAGAAAAUUCCUGGUGGCUCGCUCACCGACUCUCUAUUUGUCAACGGUGUCGCAUUCAAAAAGACUUUCUCAUAUGCAGGAUUCGAACAACAACCCAAAUCCUUCAAGAACCCCAAAAUCGUCUGCCUAAAUGUCGAACUCGAGCUCAAGUCUGAGAAAGACAAUGCCGAAGUGCGAGUCGAGCAGGUUUCUGAAUAUCAAGCUAUCGUGGACGCGGAAUGGCAGAUAAUUUACAACAAGAUGGAGGCUCUAUACAAGACCGGCGCAAAGGUUGUGCUGUCCAAGCUACCCAUUGGAGAUCUUGCAACGCAAUACUUUGCAGAUCGAGACAUCUUCUGCGCCGGCCGCGUCUCUUCUGAUGACCUCGAGCGCGUCAUCCAAGCAACAGGUGGUUCCAUCCAAUCCACCUGCUCUGACAUUCACCCAGAGCACUUGGGAACCUGCGGUACUUUCGAAGAGCGGCAAAUCGGCGGUGAGCGCUACAACUUCUUCGAGGACUGCCCUGCCGCAAAAACCUGCACUCUAGUGCUCCGCGGCGGUGCUGAACAGUUCAUCGCAGAAGUCGAACGUUCUCUCCACGAUGCAAUCAUGAUCGUCAAGCGCGCCAUCAAGAAUAACACCAUUGUCGCCGGUGGUGGAGCCUGCGAGAUGGAAGUCUCUGCGUACCUGCACCGCUACGCCGACAAGAAUGUCCCCCACAAGCAGCAAGCGAUCAUUAAAUCCUUCGCCAAAGCACUGGAGGUCAUCCCUCGCCAACUCUGCGACAAUGCUGGCUUCGACGCUACCGAUAUCCUGAACAAGCUUCGUGUUGAGCAUAGAAAGGGCAAUAUUUGGGCGGGAGUGGAUUUCGUGAAUGAGGGGAUCAGGGAUAAUCUUGAGGCGUUUGUGUGGGAACCGGCGUUGGUGAAGAUUAAUGCUAUUCAAGCGGCUACGGAGGCGAGUUGUUUGAUUUUGAGUGUGGAUGAGACGAUUCGGAAUGAGGAGAGUGCGCAGCCGGGAGCGCCGCAGAGAGGUCUACCGCCGGGAGCUGCGCAGAGAGUGCUGAGGGGACGGGGAAGAGGGAUGCCCAGACGGUAGGGCAGAGGGUGAAAAGGGAGGGGGUGGUGACACGAUGUAUGAUAUUAUACAUGAGAUGAGACGAAUG